ACAUCACCAAACGAAGAAUUUCCUUCUUUUUGGUGUUACGAUGGAGAAUUUGUUUCGCCUUGCUGAUCAAGAUCAAGGUUUCUUUCAACGUAAAUGGACUUUGGUCAAUGGUCCGGUCAUAGUUGGUGCCGGACCAUCGGGGUUAGCCACUGCUGCUUGUUUAAGAGAACAAGGGGUGCCCUUUGUGGUGCUCGAAAGGGCUGAAUGCAUUGCAUCUUUGUGGCAAAAACGCACCUAUGAUAGGCUAAAGCUUCAUCUUCCUAAACAAUUUUGCCAACUCCCUAAAAUGCCUUUCCCUGAGGAUUUCCCUGAGUACCCAACAAAGAGACAGUUCAUUGAGUACCUUGAGUCGUAUGCUAAGCAUUUUGAUAUCAACCCGAAGUUCAAUGAAUGCGUGCAGUCAGCUAGGUAUGAUGAGACCAGUGGUUUCUGGAGGGUCAAGACCGUCGUCACGAGUGGCUCCAACAGGACCGAGUUUGAGUACAUUUGCCGCUGGCUUGUGGUGGCCACUGGUGAAAAUGCCGAGCGUGUGGUGCCUGAUAUCGAAGGAUUGGCUGAGUUCGGCGGUGAAAUUAUCCAUGCUUGUGAUUACAAGUCUGGGGAAAAAUUCCAGGGUAAGAAAGUACUAGUCGUCGGCGGUGGCAACUCCGGCAUGGAAGUUUCUCUUGAUCUUUGCAACCACAAUGCUUCACCUUCAAUGGUGGUUCGCAGCUCGGUCCAUGUCUUGCCAAGAGAAAUUUUUGGGAAAUCAACGUAUGAAUUAGCGUUUUUUAUGUUGAAAUGGCUACCCAUUUGGCUCGUUGACAAGCUGAUGUUGAUUUUAACCUGGUUGGUGCUGGGGAACGUGGAGAAAUAUGGACUGAAAAGGCCAUCAAUUGGUCCAUUAGAACUAAAGAACACUCAAGGGAAAACCCCUGUAUUGGACAUCGGCGCAUUGGAGAAAAUUAAAUCAGGUGACAUCAAUGUCGUCCCUGGAAUCAAACGUUUCUCUCGUGGAGAAGUCGAGCUCCUUAACGGCGAAAAGCUCGAUAUCGAUUCGGUCAUUCUCGCCACCGGAUACCGCAGCAAUGUUCCUUCUUGGCUUCAGGAAGGUGAAUUCUUCUCCAAAAAUGGGCUCCCAAAGGCUCCAUUCCCAAAUGGAUGGAAAGGCAACGGUGGAUUGUAUGCAGUUGGGUUCACAAGGAGAGGGCUCUCUGGUGCUUCAUCAGAUGCCAUGAGUAUUGCUAAGGACAUUGGCAUGGUUUGGAAACAGGAAACUAAACAACAUAAAAAGAGAACCAUUGCUUGCCAUAGACGAUGCAUUUCACAGUUUUAAAUUUCUAAACAAAAAACCCAAAAAUAUGAUUAUUUGAUCAGUAGAUAGGAAAUUAAUUGUUCUUUUGUUUAAUUCUUUUAUGUAAAAAAUAAAAACCAUACAAUGCAAUAAACCCCCCCCCCCCCAAAAAAAAAGAAAAAAAAAGGGUAGGACAGGCUGACAGAGCCCUCUCCAAUGGCCCAAGUUUUGAUUUAUUUGGGCAUUUUGUAGACUUUAGGAUGAUGAGGCUUCUCAUAAUUCAGUAAAUCAAGUUAAA